AUGUUAUCACAAUUCAUUGAAAUCGAGAAUGUGGUGGAUCUGCGAGCAACGAAGAAUUUCGAGAUGGCAAUGCGCCUUCAAACUACUAUAGAAAGUGGCGACGAAUUUUUCACCGAUCUCAAUGCAUUUCAGAUGAUCAAGCGACGGAGAUUUGAAAAAUUACCAUUGCAAGCUCAUUUCUAUCCGAUGUCGGCAUCCGCUUUCAUCGAAGAUAAGUCACUACGAAUGACACUGCUCACUGCACAGCCGCUGGGAGUUGCAAGUCUUACAUCAGGUCAUUUGGAAGUAAUGUUGGAUCGCCGACUCAACCAGGACGAUGGACGAGGCCUUUUUAGUGUAUGUGCUUGA